GGCCGACGGCUGGCUCCUUCCGAAGGGCGCCAGGCUGAGUCCCGCCCGCCCCCAGCGCACGGCCUCCCUCGGCGCCCCGCGCCUGACCCCGCCGCCCCUCAGGACCCCUAGGGGCUCUGGGUAAGGAAAGGCUCAAGCUCGUCGCCGCGCCAGCCAGGGUGACCGGGCGCGGGAAGGGCUCGAGCCUACCGGGUCGCAGCGACUGCAAUGGGGAAGUGCCGCAUCCGCCGGGUCUGACCGGACCGGAAGCGACCCGCAGCUGGAGCCGGCCAGCUGUGGGAGGUGGGCGAGCAAUUCUGCGCCUGCGCGGAGAGCGGAAGUGUGCCAGGCGCAUGCGCGCAGGGCGGAAGCGGGCGGCGCGCUCGACCUGAGGUCCGGGCGGAUCGCGGCACCACGGUGUCUUGGUUCCGGCCUCUGCCCUGCGUUCCCACACCGCGGCGGUUCGCCUCCGCUGUCCUUGCGGAGUGUGCGUCCGAGCCCGGGCCGAUGGACCGCGAGACGCGCGCCUUCGCCGAGCAGCACUUCCGAGACCUCGGGGGCCGGCUUCAUGGCGCCGGCGGGCAGGCGCCCAGCGCAGUGGCCUUCAUCAAGGAGCCCGCCGCCUUCUCCUACGCCGACUUCUUCAGGGGCUUCCUGCUGCCCAACCUACCCUGCGUGUUCUCCAGCGCCUUCACCGAGGACUGGGGCAGCCGGCGGCUCUGGGUGACGCCCGAGGGGAAGCCCGACUUCGAGUACCUGCUGCAGAAGUACGGAGAUGUGAUUGUACCAGUUGCCAACUGUGGGGUCCAGGAGUACAACUCGAACCCCAAAGAGCACAUGCCCCUCCGAGAGUAUAUCAGCUACUGGAGGGAGUAUAUCCAGGGGGGCUGCUCCUCCCCGCGGGGCUGCCUCUAUCUCAAGGACUGGCACCUGUGCAGGGACUCCUCUGCAGAGGACCUGGGGGGGGUGUUCACCUUGCCUGUGUACUUCUCCUCCGACUGGCUGAACGAGUUCUGGGAUGCUCUGGAUGUGGAUGACUACCGCUUCGUCUACGCAGGGCCCGCGGGCUCCUGGUCGCCAUUCCACGCUGACAUCUUCCGCUCCUUCAGCUGGUCCGCCAACAUCUGCGGGAGGAAGAAGUGGCUGUUGUUCCCACCGGGGCAGGAGGAGGCCCUGCGGGACUGCCGUGGUGGCCUGCCCUACGACGUGACUUCCCCGGCGCUCCUGGACGCCCGCCUGCACCCCACGCUGCAGCACAGCAGCCCGCCUCUCGAAGUCACGCAGGAGGCUGGCGAAGUGGUCUUUGUGCCCAGCGGGUGGCACCACCAAGUGCACAACCUGGACGACACCAUCUCCAUCAACCACAACUGGGUCAACGGCUGCAACCUGGCCAACAUGUGGCGCUUCCUGCAGCAGGAGCUCCGGGCUGUGCAGCAGGAGGUCCAGGAGUGGAGGGACUCCAUGCCCGACUGGCACCACCACUGCCAGGUCAUCAUGAGAGCCUGCUCAGGGAUCAACUUUGAAGAAUUUUACCACUUCCUCAAGGUCAUCGCUGAGAGGAGACUCCUUGUCCUGGGGCAAGGGUCAGAAGGCGCUCAAGGGGACGACACAGGCCCAGGGCUGGGCUUCCAGCAGGCUGCAUUUGAUGCCGGCCGCCUCGCAGAGGUGCUGGCCUCCGUGGUCGCACACCCGGACUUCCAGAGAGUGGACACCAGCACAUUCCUGCCCAGGCCUGAGGAGCUGCUCCGGCAGCUGCAGGAUGCAGUGGUUGCCGCCGAUUCCCGGUAGUUCCUGUGGGAGGCGCGAGGGGUGCUGGCACAGGGCAGCCCCUCCCAGGGCCUUCUAGAAAUACGAGCCUUCCUCACCCCUAUGGGCUGGGGUGUGUUCCUGGGAGGUCCAGCAUGGCCGUCUCCCAAGGUCCUGGCCACAGGUCUCUGGGGAGGCCCAACCACGAUGAGAGCAGGACAGAUGGGCCAGGUGGUGUCCUAUAGCAAAGUCUGCCGGGGGCUUGGCUGGUGGCCCCUGAGCAGGUUUCCUUGCAUGUCCCAGCCUCCCUAGUGAGUCCCGGGCGGCUCAACACUGGGCAUCCCUCCUGCCUGCCUUAGGGUCUCCUCUGUCUGGCCUGGCCCGGCCCAUCCCAUCCCAUCCCCUGGUCCCUGGGGCACCUGUAGCCAGCUGGUCGUUACUCGCCAGGUCCAGGGGCAAAGGGCUAGGUGGCUGAGAAACCAGGCGCUGCCCAGCCGUGUGCCCAGAGUGCAGGACAUGGUGCAGGGGCGGGACCUCCUUUUCCAUAGCACUGCUGAGGGGCCUGGGCUGUGGUGCCCCCUGCCCAGCCCACGGGCUGCCCUGGUGGGGUUGCGCUGUACACAGCUGCUGAGGCAGCAUCUCCGUGGCCGGCUCUGCCGGCCACAUUCCCUACAAACAGUAGGUGCUGUAUGCAUUGGGCAGUGGGGGAGGGGGCAAAGCCGGCCGACCGCCUGCCCACGGUCCUGCGGAACCUGUCUCGGGCACGUGUGUCACUUUGUGUCCACUCUGGCCUCUUCCCCUGGGGCUGUUCUCGGGGAGUGCUGGGCAUAGCUGAGGGCACAGGAGUAAGGUCGUAGGAGCCAGCUGCUCACUCUGGGGCUGGCCUGGGCCCAGACGGAGGUGGGCACGUGGGGCUGGAAUAGAGUGGACUCACGGGGCCCCCCUGAGCCCCAGCUUACUCCACAGGGCACUUGGGACCCCAUCUCUGCUAGGCCUCACCCCCUCCGCAGGACGCAGCCUCUCUCAAUCUCAGGGGUUCCCAUCAGAACUGGGGAGCAUGUCUGCCCAGGAGGGCAGCAGACUACAUCCUGUACAUCACGUUAUGCUGUCCAGUGGGGCUGGAUGAGCCUCAGCUGGAGUGGAAGGAAGCCCAGGAGGGCAGGGACUUGUUCUGUCCUGCGAGUUGUCACACAGUAGGCGCCCCGUGUGUCACAGGAACAAGCCCCAGCCCACACCAUUCCAGCCACACAGGACAGCCUGACCACCCUGCCGUCCCUGAGGCCCAGGAGUGCCGAGGCUUCAUGGGGUUGGGCAGGGGUGGGCGGAGGCCCCACGGCAGGGCCUAGCCCUGGAAGUCACCCUUUUCCCCAUGGCGGCCUCUGACUGUGGUCCUCCUGGUGACACGUUUGACAGGCUUGGAGCACGGCACCUGUGGGCACCCGGCAGAGUGGCCCACUCAGGUGUGCUGGGGUGGGCAGGAGCGGUCACUGUCAGGAAGGGGGCGCAGGCCCCACUGUCCUGCCUAGCUGCCUGGACUGUCCAUGCUGGGGGUGGGCAGGAGCGGUCAUCAGGAAGGCAGGUCAUUGCCAGAAAGGUACAAUGACUCCAGGAGUGCCGAGCAGGGGUCGGGGAGCUGGCCACUGACCCUUACCCACAGUCUAGCAGAGCAUCAGCUGGAGCGACCUCGGCUGAGAAGUAGAAGAAUGUGCUCAGAACCUCUGGAGAAACCCACCUGUGCGUGGGCACCUGCCCACCCCUUGUAUCCUCCUCUUGGGGGUGCCCUGCAGCACUCUUGGCCAGUCCUGGUCCCAAGGAAUACAUUGAUCAACGUCACGGUGUUGCCAAAAGCUCAGUCCUUGUCCCCAUGCCAAUCCAAUAACAAGCACGUGGUUUUGAGAAAACGGAAAUGGAAGUUCUAUUCCACUAGUAAAGGAGCAACACGGGCUCCCGUCCCAGAGGCUGUAAUGCUGCCCAUCAAGGGGCACAGGAAGCUUUUAAGGAGGUGAUGCAAAGGCUACAUCCCAGGUGUCCUGCAAGGAGUUGCAAUUAAGGGGGGAUCAAAGAUGGGGGCUAGAGGGAGGCUGCACUCCUUGUCACUCGUAACUCGGGAUUCAAGCAGAGGGAAGACUGAGAGGCAGUAGUGCUGCCCACCAGUCCCCUGCUGGUUACCCCAUUCGUAUGCCGUGAUCACCCACCAUCUACCACCGUAUCACCCCGCUUUUGAGUGCAAAUCUCUGAGCCCUGCCUAUCAUUCAUCAUUUGCCCACCUCUUGCCUGCCCAUCACCUGCCUUUCACCUACCCAUUGCCCACUGCCCAAUGUCCACCCACUGAUCAUCCACCGUUAGCCUGCAGACUGCCUGCUGCCCUGUUGCCUGGAAGUACCUGCAGGUUUGGUUACACGCGGCUGCCACCAUCUUGGGACAACAGCCAGGACCUGCAGGUUUGCUGCCACAGCCUCAGCCACCUCAGUCUGGGGACUCAGGCCAGGGUCUGGAGACAUCAUGGCACCUGCAGGUCUGGCUGCACCUGAGGUCUUUCUGCUCAGUGUGGCAGUGGCUGCCAUCAGCCUGCCUCUUUGCAGGGAUGCUCCUUCGUGUGAGCACAUGCCUGGUGGUCUCUCUGCAAGUUGAAAGGACACUGAGAUCUUGGGAUUGCAGGAAGGCAGAGCCUGGGGAAGCUGAAGCCCAGGUUCCUCAGGUUGCAGCUGGGUUUGCGUGGACCAGUCUGGGUCUGGAAAGCCUGUGGGAACACUGGGCGUGGUUCCCUGGGGGGGGGGGGGGUGCAGAGGUUGGAGAAAACUGGGCUCUCUCCAGCUCAGUGAGUCCUGAGGUGUGCAGGGACAGCAGGGGACAGCUACGAUGGGUGGGAAGACUGGAAGAGGGUGUGAGGGUAUUGUACUAUCAGCAAGCCCACCCACCUGGUCCAGCACCCACUGGACUGGUGUUAACUUCAAACUUCAGACGACCCCACCUAUAGGUGGAGAAGGGAAGUCAGUAGAAGCAAUCAUUCAAUUUUUCAUUGGGAUUUUCCCCUUUUUCCUUUUUUCCACCCUCUUUCUAGCACCACUAACAUCUUUGAAUCCAAAUAUUUUUCAUAUAUCAAUUUAUUAAGGAAUGGGAUGUCUGAAUAGUAUAUGCCAGUUUGUUGUGUAUGCUUAUAUUUUACUUU